CGUCCCAAAGCAAAAAACCAUUACUACUAAUAUACUAGUAUCUUAUAUCUCUCUAUCAAGAAACCCUAACUAGCCAUGGCAAGCCACUCACUCCUGAAAACCUCCCCUACAACCACCUUCACCUACGACUUCUACGGCUCGAAACCGACGGACCCGAUCUACCAAGGCGACGCCCACUUCCCGACGGACACCACCUACCUCCGCCUCACGAAAACCGACUCCUCCGGCAGCCCCGUGCAGAGCAGCUUCGGCCGAAUCCUCCACCCGGAGCCGGUGCUUCUCUGGAAGCCGUCGGAGCAAGCCAACUUCAACACCACCGUGAAAUUCGUCCUCAAGCCUAGGGCCGGCAACAACAUCCCGGCCGACGGCCUCGUCUUCUUCAUGGUCCCCGUCGACUACACCUUCCCGAGCUACACCCACGGCGGUAACCUCGGCAUCUUCGGGGGUCCCGACGGCCCCAAAGUGUUCGCCGUGGAGUUCGACAUCUUCGUCAACGGCGAGUGGGACCCCAAUUUCCCACACGUAGGGAUCAACAUCGAAACUAGGGCUUCCCAAAAAGUUGCUCAGAUUCCGGAGUCGUUCAUCGGGAAGGAGGUGACCUUGAAGAUCACCUACGCCGCCGCCACCGGACUCAUCUCCGCCUUCGUCACCGCCGGCCCACAGACCGUUGAGGUCAGCCAUGUGUGCGACUUGAGCGGUGUUCUUCCGCAGCAGGUUCAAGUCGGCCUCGCCGGCUCCACCGGCGAGUACGUCGCCAAACACGACGUCGCUUACUGGGAAUUCAACUCCGCCCUCGUCAAGAAUGGAGCAUAGAUUCCAUUCUUCUCGAUUUGCGAUCGUAUCGUCUUCUUCAACUAAGUCCAUCCAUAUCCAUUUCCAUUUCCGUUGUGUGUGUGUGUGCGCGCGUGCGCUUAAUAUAUAAUAAGGACCAGCGAUCGAUCGAGUACUCUACUCUUCAAUAUGAAUUAUGUAUUAUGUAUGGGAUAUAUGUAAUAUGGAUUGAGAGAUAUGAAUGAAAAAUGGUUUUUUACUUUUUA